AAAAUAAAAUAGAUGGAGAAGGCUAUCCGGCACUCUUUGACACGGAGAGUCCCCGUAAGCCUAGUUGACAACUCGCCUACUGUCCCUUUGUGACCAGCUUUUCGGCAGAAUGCCCGGUCUAUGCUUGUUUUGUCUCACUGCCGUGCUCGCUGCAUUCACACGGUUCGCGGAGACCGUGGGGACGGUGGUCCGAUGCGAGCCGUGUGACACCGUGGCUCUCAUGCAGUGCAAGCCUCUGGCAAAAGACUGCGCCGACAGGGUAAGGGAGCCUGGCUGUGGGUGUUGUCUGACGUGCGCCCUUGCGGUGGGUCAGGCGUGUGGAGUGUACACCGGGCGCUGUGGCUCCGGGCUGACUUGUCAGCACCAACCCGGGGAGACCCGACCACUGCAAGCCCUGCUAGAGGGACGGGGAGCGUGCUCCAGCGUCGCGUCCAAAACACUCAGCCCCAUUCUGCUCCCCACAGAGAAACAAGAGAACACAGGCAGGGAGCAGGUGGUGGCGGGGGAAGAGUGGCAUACCAAUGUCACCGUGAUGACUACCAUGGCGGUGGGUGUGGUUGUUGUUGAAGGCGGAGGCGGAGGCGGCAAACACCGAGUGGCGAUAGAGGCCAAACCGCCGCUGCAACCCAAGCUGGAUGUGAUCAAGAAGGAGCAGAAUAAGAAGAGCCAGAGCUACAAGAUGGAGUCAGGAUCUGGGGGAGUCAAAGCCAACAUUCCCAGGUUUUCUCUGGAGGACAAGAGGGAGACCGAAUAUGGCCCAUGCAGGAGAGAGAUGGAGAGCAUUCUGAACAGUCUUAAAAUCUCCAAUGUGCUCAUCCCCAGAGGCGUCCGCAUCCCCAACUGUGACAAAAAAGGCUUCUACAAGAAAAAACAAUGCCGUCCAUCCAAAGGGAGGAAGCGAGGUUACUGCUGGUGUGUGGAUAAGUACGGUCAGCCUCUCCCCAGCUACGAUGGAAAGGAGAGAGGAGAAUCCCAGUGCAACAACCUGGAGAACAAAUGAGAAGCAGAGAGAGAGUGGAUGGAUGGAGAGAAAGAACGAAGCAAGGAGGAGAGAGGAAUAGGAGAGAGACUUGUUUUCACUCCGGCCCUUCACAAAGCACAGUCAAAAGAGCUUCAGACUGUUGACCUCAGGUCACAUGAC